UGAUGCCGGCUGAGGAGAGCGCGGUGGCGGCCGACGAGAGCGCCAUGCCGGCCGAGGGGCCGAGCGCCCGGCCCGCGCGGAGCCUGCGGACCGCUCACGACCUCGGCGGCCCUCGGGCCCGCACCGGGGACGUGCUGUUGGCCGAGCCGGCGGACUUCGAGUCGCUGCUGCUGUCGCGGCCCGUGCUGGAGGGGCUGCGGGCGGCGGGCUUCGAGCGACCCUCGCCGGUGCAGCUCAAGGCCAUCCCGCUGGGGCGCUGCGGGCUCGAUUUGAUUGUUCAAGCUAAAUCUGGCACUGGGAAAACCUGCGUGUUCUCCACCAUUGCCUUGGACUCGCUGAUCCUGGAAAACCUAAGUACCCAGAUUUUGAUCUUGGCUCCUACAAGAGAAAUUGCUGUACAGAUACAUUCUGUUAUCACAGCCAUUGGGAUAAAAAUGGAAGGUUUAGAAUGUCAUGUCUUUAUCGGAGGGACCCCAUUAUCACAGGACAAAACCAGACUUAAAAAGUGUCAUAUUGCUGUUGGAUCUCCUGGCCGAAUUAAGCAGCUAAUAGAACUGGACUACUUGAACCCAGGCAGUAUACGUCUCUUUAUUCUUGAUGAAGCAGACAAACUUUUAGAAGAAGGCAGCUUCCAGGAGCAAAUAAACUGGAUUUAUUCUUCCUUGCCUGCCAGCAAGCAGAUGUUGGCUGUUUCAGCUACUUACCCGGAAUUUCUGGCCAAUGCUUUGACGAAGUACAUGAGGGAUCCCACUUUUGUAAGACUGAAUUCCAGUGACCCAAGUCUUCUAGGUCUGAAGCAGUAUUACAAAGUUGUCAAUGCGUACCCUUUGGCUCAUAAGAUUUUUGAGGAAAAGGUUCAGCAUUUGCAGGAACUGUUCAGCAGAGUUCCGUUUAAUCAAGCCUUAGUCUUCUCUAAUUUGCAUAGCAGAGCACAACACUUGGCUGACCUCCUUUCUUCUAAAGGCUUUCCUGCUGAGUGCAUUUCAGGUAACAUGAAUCAGAAUCAACGUCUUGAUGCUAUGGCUAAACUGAAGCAGUUCCAUUGUAGAGUCCUCAUUUCUACAGACUUGACUUCCCGUGGGAUUGAUGCCGAGAAGGUGAAUCUCGUUGUAAAUCUGGAUGUACCAUUGGAUUGGGAGACGUACAUGCAUCGGAUUGGCAGAGCUGGUCGUUUUGGUACUUUGGGAUUGACGGUAACCUAUUGUUGCCGGGGAGAAGAAGAAAAUAUGAUGAUGAAAAUUGCCCAGAAAUGUAAUAUCAACCUUCUUCUUUUACCAGAUCCUAUUCCUACUGGUCUGAUGGAAGAAUGUUUGGAUUGGGAUGUAGAAGUUAAAGCUGCUGGCCACACUCAAGACUUAGCAAACACACCUGCCCCGCCUGUAAAGAAGCAAAUUCAGAGAACGGAGAGAACCUUUCAUACUCCGAAGAAAGCUCCUGGUGGCCACACGGCUUCCCCUAGAAGUACUUCUGUGUCUGCGCUAUCAGUCAAAUCCAAAAAUAACACUAAGCAAAAGCUUCCUGUGAAAAGCCACUCAGAGAGUGGAGUCGUAGAAAAGGCAGUGUCUCCACAUGAAGUGGAAUGUGAUGCACAGCCUGGAGAGCAAAUGAAGAAUUCCGCUCAGGCCCCUGCGGAGAACCCCACCAGCCAUCAGCAGCGGGUCAAAGAAGCGUCACCUGUGUCACUCCCCAAGAUUCCCUGUCUGUCAUCCUUUAAAAUCCACCAGCCAUGCUUGUUGUCCUUUACAGAACUGGUAGAGGAUUACGAACACUACAUUAAAGAGGGGUUGGAGAAACCUGUGGAAAUUAUCAGGCACUACACAGGCCCUGAGGAUCAAACUGGGAACCCUCAGAAUGGUUUUGUGAGAAAUAGGAUGACUGACGAGAGAGUGCCAGUGCUGGCGAGCAGUGGCCAGUCUGGAGACUCUGAGAGUGACAGUGACUCUUGUAGCUCCAGGACUUCUUCCCAGAGCAAAGGAAACAAGUCCCAUCUGGAAGGCUGUUUGGAUACUCAGGCAAAAGACUGGGAAUUUACUCCUGCAGAUGACCAUGUGUCUUUGGGACAACCACUGAAUGGAAAUGAAGCCCCCAACCUAGAGGAAUAUCAAGAAUCCCCUGAAAUCCCACUGAAAACAAGGUAUAAAGAGGGGGCUUGCCAGAGAGCGAAGCAGAGCCGGAGGAACCUGCCCAGGCGUUCUUCCCAUCGAUUGCACACGGAACCUCAAGAAGGUGGUUGGUACGAGAGUAGAGAACCUCAUCCAGGUUACUCUGACACCUACCAGAAUUAUGAAGAGUACUGGCGAGCCUACUACAGGGCAUGGCAAGAAUACUACACGACUGCCUCUCAGUCCUAUUACUGGAACGCUCAGAGACAUCCGAGCUUGAUGCGAGCCUAUCACAUGCAUACCGUGUAUUUACAAGAAAUGAUGCGAGGUAACCACUGAUCACAGGCCGUGCCUGAGGACGGCAGAACGGUCAGCAGGGGAUACUUUGGGAAGUAAAUCCCCCAUGACCUGUACUAAAAUGGCAUUUAUUGGCAUUUUUGAGGAACUCGAAAAGACUUUAGGACCUGUGUGUUUUUAGAAUGUUUUCAAUUUAAGCCAGAUAUACAGCCCUGUUUUCUUUGGUAAAGAGACUUCAUCAGAUUCUUCAGAAUUUUUGGGAUGUGGUGCUUAAGGUCCCAAGGUACUAUUUUUUAAAAGCUGUCCCCAAAAGAAACCGAUAGAUGACAUAUAUACUGUUGCUUACUUUCAAUAAAAACAGCCAAGAGUUGCAAAA